UAAAGAAGCAGUAGCACACCUUAUGGCCACAAUUGAUACAACAGAACAUACCAUUUCGGGGCGCGCUCCCCCUUUCUGCACCACGGGGUCGGCGGAUUUUUCAGUCAAGAACGCCUCCAACAAGCAGACUCCACAUGCCACCUUAAGAUAGUCUGUUGCAACAAAAAGUGUUCGAUGUUUUUGGUUUUGACAUGUUUUGACGCCGUGUUACACCGUUUCGCGUGCUGUUUUUUGGCGGGGGUGUUAUUUGUAUACCCAUUUUCUCCGCCGCACCACAGAAAUGUCCGUCGCUUGUAAUUCCCAAGAACUAUGUUUUCCUCAAAACAAUCACAACAAAGACAUAUCAAGGGAGAUGUAGACCCUUGGUCUCCGGCCUUUACGGGAAGUUGCAGUUGGGCGUCUCUGUAAGAUGGCUCAGGGAGGAGUCUUGCCCGCCAGGGAGAGAGAGAGAGAGAGAGAGAUGGAGAGAUGUAGGUAUCGUACAUCGGCAUGCGGUAUGUCUCACAAGUCUAUCAGAGCUUGAGACCUUCAACUUCGCCCCUACCACUUCAACGUUCAUAAGGCCAACUUCCCACACUGAGGACAGUUCUAACUCAGUUUCCAGCUCAUCCAAGAAUCAACCAUGCAGCGACUUCUUCACCCACCCAUGCAGCGACUUCCCAACACUCACAGCAGACCGAGGAUGAUCCCUGGCACUGAUGAGCCCUUGGGCCCGCUGGGCGGCGCAGCGCAGCUCCUGCGGCAGCCGCGCUACUUCCUCAACGCCUGCGGCGAGACGCUCGCGUGGAUCGACGAGGGCAAGCUGCCCGAGGAGAAUGUGGAGGCAGCCCGUGCCGUGCGGGAUGCCUUGCCUUUGAGCGCCACCGCAGUGCGUGCCGCGGUGCCAUGCGGCGCAGCGGCCGGGCAGCUGUGCGAGUGGGUGAUGGCGAUUUUCGCCUACUUCGAUGCCGUCGAAAACUGGGAGCCCUGAGCUGAGAGAAAACGGGCCACCCGCCGACCAGCCAUGAAGAGGUCGUGCACUGUUUAACGGGAGGAGGAGGGGAGGAGGAGAGACCCGUGAUGAUUAGUAUAG